AUGGCCCCGGAAAAGCGGCGGAGGAUAGCCACCGAGGAGGAUAAUGGGAGUGCGGUGGUGGGCGGGUCCGCUGGAGAGUCGGGGCAUGAUGUGAUCGUGAGGACCUUUAUUCCUUUGUUGGACGUGCUCAACAAUACCCAUCGGGAGAGCCAAGCGGAUAACCGAGCGGCUGCAAAUGGCAUCAUUGAGACUGUAACAUGCAUAAACUUCAUGUGCCACACACGUCUCCAUGUUGAACUCGGCCCUCUUCUCAACUUCAUCGUCGGCGAAAAUGGUAGCGGCAAGAGUGCCGUGCUUACUGCCAUCACGCUGUGCCUUGGUGCGAAGGCCAGUUCGACCAACCGUGGAGGGAGCCUUAAAAGCUUUAUCAAGGAGGGACAAGAACAUUCCACCAUACAAGUCAAACUGAAGAACCAAGGAGAAGGUGCCUAUCAACCAGAGCAGUACGGUCAGUCGAUAAUUGUCGAAAGACACUUUUCCAAAAACGGGACGAGCGGGUUCAAGAUAAAGAGUUCUCUUGGGCGCAUCAUCUCGACAAAACGGCGGGAUGUAGACGAGCUGGUCGAAUACUUUUGUCUCCAAAUGGACAACCCACUCAAUGUCCUCUCUCAAGAUAAUGCCCGCCAAUUCCUGAAUGCGUCGUCGCCUGCACUCAAGUAUAAGUUCUUUGUGCAAGGCGUGCAACUUGAAGCUCUCGACAAUGAUUACAAGCUAGUCAUGCAAACAGCGGAUAAUAUCGAGGCAAAGCUCGAAUCUGCCGCUGAUUAUUUAAUCUGGGCUCAGGUCGUGGAGCAAGAAAGAUCUUUGAGAAAAGCCGAGCUGGCUAUUGCCGCGACUGACGAGCGCGUGGAGCGUGCUGAGAGGAAAAUUCAGGAGCAUUCACAGAUUCUAGAGGUGGCGGAUGAAUCACUACGGCUUGCAGAGGAGAACGUGCAGGUCAUGGAGACUGAGGGUGAAAUGGUCGAGUCCCAGGAAAAGGCCGCCAAGGAUGCGUCUUUAGAGCGCCGGAUUGUCAACGAAGAACGACGGCUAGCCGAGGCUACGGGCGGUGGCCGUGCUGCGAAAGAGGCUGAACUUAAGGCUGCUAACGAGGAGGUUGAGCGGUUGGACAUGGAGAUCAAUCACGCUGGUCGGGACAUGCACGAGACUCAGCGUCGGCUCGAUGAAGCUAAAAGGGCAUGGCGUCUUAUUCGCCUUUCGAAGCCAGAGUGGUCAAGUGUGAUUGAAAGAAUUCUCGGGUCUACCCCAAACGCUUUCAUCGCCACCGGCCAGCGUGAUGCUGUCCGUUUGCGUAAUCUGAUGAAGCGCGCCGGUGUUAGGAACACGCCUGUCUUAAUUUCAACCGGCCGCCCGCUGGAUUUGAAGGGGAAGGAGCCGGAUCAUCGCUAUGAUACGAUUCUCCGUGUCCUACAGUUUGAAGACGAUCUAGUCAGGGAUCAACUCAUCAUUCAUCACAAAAUCGAACAGGCCCUCCUGAUUGGGUCCCGAACUGAUGCUGAGAAGGUCAUAUUCAAUGAUCGUCCUCGAAAUGUCGCCUUUGGAUUGUGUCACCACGAUAGAAAACCAGGGGAGGGCAUAUCUCUGAUAAUCAAUAGUCGUGGGGACCAGAGUCUCGACCCCGUGCGCCCCUACACUGGCUCUCCAAGACUGUGCUCAGAUGAUGAGGCACAGAUCCACCAUCAACAAGGCAUCCUAAACCACCUACGCGAGGAACUGCGUGAAACACAAGCUCAGUCUCGUGAUGCUGAAAACAUGGUAGAGAACUGCCAGGGCGCAUUGAAAAAUGCCUCAACUCAGCGGCAAGAGCUAGAAAAGCAGCAAGCGGAAUUCCGGGUUAAGCACGAAGGGGAGCAGUACGGGGACAUGGCUGUCCGAAAGCCAGAUUUGAACAAAAGAUGUGAACAACUUCAGGCCCUAAUGAAGGAAGCGACUACUAGUGCCGCCCAGUUCAAGGUCCGCCGCGACAAUGCUGUCCGUAAGGCAGCAAAUAAGGCUGAUUCGAGGAAGUUAGCCCUUUCGGCGAAAAACGAUGCGUUUGAGGAACGCGACCAGGCUCGACUAGUCAAGGAUAGGGCUGUAGCUGACAGAGAUAGGCAACAGGCGGCUGUCGAGGCACUCGAUCAGCAAGCCCGAGAAACGGUGGGAGACCGUGUCCAUAUCGCCGAAGAUGCAACCUUCAAGAGUAUUGAAGUGAAGUAUAAGGCACUCAUGGCUCAGCUUGAGAAGCUAGAACGUAGGCUUGGUGCCUCGGAGCACGAAAUCACGGAACGGGCAGAGAAGGCACAAAUAUUCUAUGAAACAGCCACAAAAGAACAUAUGAACCAGCUGCAGUUACAGCAGGAACUCAAGCAAGCCUUGGCUGAGCGUUUGAAGAGAUGGAGGUCCUUCCAACGUUUCCUAUCCGCUCGAACCCGGGUCAACUUCAACUACUUACUUACCAUGGGCUCAUCUAUCAGAUGCCUGGACGAGUUUGAUGUAUUCAUGGAUAAUAUCAACCGCGCCAUCAGCACUAAUAUGCUUAUAACUGCGGCUCGCCGGUCGGUCUCGAGGCAGUACAUCCUCAUCACACCAAACGCCAUCGAGGGGCGUGCCAGCCUGUCUAAGGAUGUCAAAAUUAUUCGACUUUCGGAUCCUCGCCAGCGAACUCUUCCUGAGAUGCAACAGGCCCGAUAG